AUGCCAGUCCUCAAGAACCCCUAUCAACUCAAGAUGGCCAGCAGGGGCCCCGGAGAGAGUGGGCGGGGCGGCAGCCGCAGUGGGACGCUGAUCCUGGCCAAGGAGAGUCCGGGGACCAACCCUUUCGAGGAGGACCUGGAGGAGAAGGAGAGGGACUCCUUCCUCGGGGGCCUCUCCCCUGGCCAAGACAGGUCCCUCCCGGGGGACCUGGAGAGGGGUGUCUUCAGCGGGAGCCCCGAGGACCGCUUCAGGCGCCGGGCCACCCUGGAGAAGCUGGUGGGGCUGAGCCCCUUCCGCCUGGGCAAGGGCCGGAAGAGCGGGGAGAAGCGGUCGCCUGGGGGCGAGCAGGGCUCCGACCGGCGGUCCUUCCUGGAGCGCAUGAUGCUGCCCCUGAUGGAGGGCAACCUGGGCCAGCGGGUGCCAAAGAAGCUGCGUCGCUGCUCAGAGGACUUCAGCCUGAUGCAGCGCUUCAACGCGCGCCGCAAGGAGGGCCUCUACAGCUCGGAAGGCGGCCUGGCGGAGGAGAACGGCGGUGGGGAUGCCGCCAAGCGUGGCUCCUUCCUGAAGAUCGGGCUGGGCGGGAAGGUACGCCGGGCGUCCCUGGUGGAGAAGCUCAACCAGAUGGAGGGCUCAGAGGCGGCCCCGGUGGGCGAGAAGUGCGACCCCAAGCCCAAGGAACCGCUCUCAGUCCUGGAGAUCCUCAACCUGAUCCACCAGCGGGAGCUCCGCCUGGCCGACGGGCACAUCAUGGAGCUGGAGGCCGAGUGCGCCCAGGGGGGCAGCGGGGCCAGCGGGAAGGACGGCAGCCGGAAGGCCAAGGACGUGGCCCUGCUCUACGAGGCGCUGCAGGAGGCGCUCUGGGCGGUGCUGGCCGAGGCGCUGGCCGCCAAGAGCGCCUACCCGCCCCUGGAGCAGCUGGUGCAGGUCAUCGAGCAGGAGGAGGAGGCUGACCGCAGCUGGCGCCAGGCCCAGGGAGGCUCCGCGGGAAGCCCGGGGCCCCGGCAGAUGAGGCAGCGGUGGGCCGAGGCAGUGGACCGGCUGGCGGGCCAGAAGCUGUGCCAGUGCGUGGAGGGCCGGGCGGGCACCAUUGCCACCCGGAUGGACCGGCUGGCCAAGUGCACAGUGGAGGACCUGAGCAGCGUCAAGCGCCACCUGCUGCAGGUCUACCCCGAGGAGUACCAGGCCUUUGGUGUCUACCUGGGCAGCUACCACCGGGGCCUGGCCCGCUGCCUGGCCGAAGGGGUCCGGAAGCAGCUGAGCCUCUCUGAGCUCUACUUCGUCUUGGACUGGAACAGCAACAUCUACCAAAGGGAGGUCCUCAGCCGGCCAGAGAUCUCCCCCAUGGUCAAGCCCCAGGAGCUCGGCCCCCUCCUGUCCCCGGAAACACAGCAGAGUCUGGAGGAGGAGUGCAUUGCCGCUGUGAAGGUGGCGAUCAGCAGGGACAUGAGCCAGGAGCUGCAGGAGGAGGAAGGGAGGUGGGCCCAGGAAGACAAGGAGAACAGCUUUCAGUUCGGCUUGUCCAGCAAAGUCAUCCUGGUGCUAAAGGGGCACGCCGACAAAGCCCCCCAAAUCACGGAGGAGUUUGGAAGAAGGGUGGCUCACUGUUGCCUUGCCAGCCUGGCAGAGUUCCUGCAGAGUUUCCAGAAGAAAGUCGAGAAGUUUCAUGAAGGCCAGGUGGUCAGCAGCCUCAGCCCAGAGAGCUACGUGGGCCGGACCAUUAUGCUGGUCAACUGCUGCCCCCCCUUCAGGGACUACCUGGAGCACCUGGCCAGGUUUGGUCAUCCGGACAGCGAGGCCGUGAAGCAGCUGGCAGGUUCGUCCCUCGACCGAGUGACCCGGCUGUGCAAUCGAGUGCUGGCUGACCACCUCUUCCAAAGCCUCAAGCCCUACUUCUACAAGCUGAUGAAGAGGAAAUGGCUCAACAACUCCGAGGCCUUCUCCGCCAUCAUGGCUCUCCUCGCGGAGCACGCCCAGAGGCUGAGGCGGAUGAAGCUGGAGCCCUACCAGAUGCUGGUGAGGGAGGUCCACCGGCGGGUGCUGAUCGAGUACGUCCGGCCGUUGAUGCGAGUGCGGAUCAUCUGCACUUCGUCCAAGAUGAGAGCCAAAGUGGCCCAGAGACUCCGGAGCGAGGCCAAGCAGCUGCAGGAGUUCUUCAUUCAGCUGGAAUCCUCCUCCUCCUGGCUGGACUCCGUGGUGCCCCACCUGGCUGGGAUCCUGGAGCUGGAAGACACGCCGGCCAUCCAGAUGGAAGUGGCUUUCCUGGCCAGGGCCUUUCCUGAUGUGCAAAAGAAGCACCUGGCGGCCCUGCUGGACGUUCGGGGCCUGCAGAGCCAAGCCCAGCGGCAGCUCAUCCUGGGGGUGCUGGAGAGCCUGGAGCUGACGGGGGCCGAGAGGGACGUCUGCCAAGACCGGGCCUUCUUCUCCGAGAUUCCCACCAGCGAGGUCUUCUGCGUCCGCCUCCAGCUGCACCGCCUCUCGCACUUUGGGCUCACCUGCCUCUCCCGGGUGCGCCGGAGACCCCCCCGGCUGCAGCGACAGAGGAGGGGCCCGAGAGAGAAGGGGGCGGAAGCUCAGCUGUGA